GACAAAGUGAUGGGCGCCGACAGAAAGACGUUGAAACAAUCCCAGAUAUUGAAUUCGACCGACGUACUUCUUGACUCAUUGAACAAUCUGCUGGAUUACACAGCGGUGAACACGAGCCGCGACUCUUUCUCCGAAGAAGGUUUGAUCAGCAUCGUAACACCACGUUUGAUCAUUCAUAUCUCAGAUCCGAAUGUAACGGGCAUCACCGGUUUGGCUUUGGUGAAAAAUUCUGGCGACGGGACGACGGAUACCAACACUUUCAUUGAUUACAAUAUCGUCUCUUUGACCGCCGAUCACACCAUCGAACACGUCGCGAACUUGGGUGAAGUCGAAGUGGCCACUUGGAUACCAAGGAAUUUAUCGGACGUAAUGCGGAUGCCCAAUUACACCAAUUUCAGCACCAAUGUCAGUCGGGAAAAUUCCACCAUUGACGAAACUCCGAGAAUAGUGGUGACAUUAUUUUACGACGAUUUCAUAUUCACCAACGAACUAGUCGGUCUCAACGAUCAAGUUGACAGCAGAGUCGUCAGCGUUUCUGUUCCAGGAUACGGUGCAAAUCUUCCAUUUCCGAUCCCCCUUUUGUUCAGACCGUUGAAGGGGGCUUCGCAGCGGACGAAAACCUGCGCCUUUUGGGACUUUGAUUACGUAGGAAUUUCGACCGUUGCCUCGGAGAGUGCUUGGUCGGACGAGGGUUGCGUGAAUUCGGGAAGAGCCAGGGAUCUGUCGGGAGAAUUGAACGUCUGCCUUUGCUCCCAUUUGACGCAUUUCGCGCAACUUUUGUUCGGAUAUUUUCCGGGACCCGAAGAAGCCGGAGAUCCAGUUUCCAUUCGUCACGGAGAAGCUCUCGAAGUGAUCACUGUCGUCGGGUGCGUUUUAUCGAUGAUCGGAGUAUUCGGAAUUCUUGUAACAGCGAUGGUAUUCAAAUCCUGGAGGAAUAGACCUGGCAACAAAGUUUUAAUACAACUUUCACUGGCUCUUGGAUUGGAGAAAAUUGUGAUCGGUAUUCUACCGAUCGUAGACUCGAUCAAUUAUCCAAUUCCGUGCAUGAUAUCCGGAGCGAUUCUACACUACGCUGUACUGGCUGAAUUUUCAUGGAUGUUGGUCACCGCCUGGCUUCAAUUCAAGAGAUACGUUACCGUUCUCGGGGUCACAAGACCGCCGAGAUUUUUACUCAAAGCUGCUGCGUUCGCCUGGGGGAUUCCGCUCACUAUUGUUUCUAUCGUGGCUUCGAUUGAUCCUUACAUCUAUUUACCAAGCGUUGAUUCGAAUGUAACAUUUUGUCAGGUUUCCGGUAUCGCCAGAUACGUCGCUUUUCUCGCACCGAUCACAUUGAUAAUUUCCUCAAAUAUCGUAUUGUUCGUUUGCGUGAUUCGUAGUAUCUUCGGAACUCGACAAAUGGCGACGCGAUUCUCGGACGAUAAAGAUCUCGUUAUCGCACAGCUCAGAUUGGCCAUCCUCUUGUUUUUCCUGUUAGGAAUCACCGGGGUAUUCGGACUCGUAGCGCAAAUGGGAGGCGGUUUAGUGUUCAGUUAUUUAUUUUGCGUCACGGCUACUCUUCAGGGUUUCGUAUUGUUCAUGUUCUUCAUAAUCAUUGAUCCAACCACCAGAAACCGUUGGUACUCGCUACUCAGAAUGGGAGGUAAAUUUUCCAACAAAGUUAGCCCUAACGUUUCCGCCACCAGCGAUUUGAGCAAAUACAGUCAACGUUACUGAAUGUAUUUUGUCGACAGAUUCAUCGAACUCAAUGUCUAAUACAAACGAUUCCGGCUACGAGUUAUUUGUUGAAAAAAUGUGAAUAAAUUUUUUUAAAUUAAAGAAAAAAAAAAGCACAAUUAAGCUCGCCUUGAUGUCGUAUCGC